AUGGGUAGCGGCUCUGCGUCAGCCGGAGCUGAGAGGCUGCACAGCGGAGUCCUCAGAGAUCUUGAGCGUCAAAGUCAGAAAAAGGAAAAUAUUCGCCUGCUAGAAGAGCAGAUUGCUUUGACAAAGCAGCUGAUGGAAGAAAGGGACAAGGCGCUAAUGGCAAAAGGGUCCCGGCAGUCCUAG